UAUAUUAACAAUACAUGUAGGUGGGUAUAAUUAUAUGACCCCACCCACUAUCUAAGUGUGUGUAAUGGGCUAGCCUCGAUUCCAGGCCGCAGGGAAAGGCCUAUUGAGGGGCUGAAGUCUAGGCUAUAGUAAUGGGCAUGCGUAUAAGGUAAGAGAGCUAGCUCUGAUUGAUACCUAUUCUCGAUCUCUUGAAGCUGUGAUAAAUAUUAUAUACAAAGAAAAGUAUGGCAGCUAAUGACUUCGAACAAAACAUGCGAACUCCUGAGUAUACAGCUUUCCAGAGUUGCUAUGAGAGCCUUGUUGACACUAUUACUCAAGAACCUGGCACAUUUUGCAAUUCUUUGUUUGCUAAAUCGUAUAUAUCAUCUGAAGUUCGAGACUAUGCCAGAGUAGAUGCAAUCACUGACAAGCAAAAAGCACAUCGACUUGUCGAUAGUAUAUCCGAUCGAAUAAAACAUGAUCCUGUUACUUUCCAUGGAUUUUUGGAUAUUCUUAAGACUCCAUUUACUAACGAUUUACUGAAAAAAUUGCAGGAAUGCUAUAAAACUUAUCAUGACCAAGUAGUUGGAGACGCUUGUAUUCAGCAAAAGCAAAACUUAAAGCCAAUCAGCACACAUAACUCUACUGCCUUCAUGUGUCCCUACUGUAGAAAAUGCACACUCGAAGAGUUUCUAUCGAGAAGACGCUGUCUUGAGGCUACCGGAAAAACUUUAUUCCCAUAUCUUAAUACUCCAAGCCUUUCUGUUCAAAACAGACGAAUUCUUGAAACCAGGCUCCAGUCAGAUACAGAGAAAAUGAUAACUCUUUUCGCUGAAACUGACACGAAUAUAGCACAGAAUCUUAAAGGCAACAUUACUCUCCUCAAAAAUUUUGUUCUCAAUCUUGUUUCGUCGUUUGGUCACGAGGAGCACCUAGAAAAGUUAGAAAAGGCAGAAACCAUUCCUGGAAUGUUUGUUGCUCUUCGCCCUUUCAAGUCCUUUCUAAACUAUCGCAUAAUUGAAAAAAUUGUGAAUCGUUUUGGCUCAGAAGAGAAUCAGCAAGAUAUGCAAACAUACAUUACAGCUUUCAUCGACUUUUGCAAACGAAGUGCUUUCCAGAUUCCUCUUAAUAUUGUACCGCAUUUUGGUGGCACUAGUAAUACGAGAGUUGUAUCAGUUAAGCUCGCAUCUAAGGGGGAGGCUUCUCUGAAAGAUGUAGUUUCUUCCCAGCAAAAGAUAGCUACAAUUCUAGGAGUUAAUGACUGGGAUUUGCAUAUAGCCUCAAUUGAAAAAGGCUGUGUGUGUUUGAGAUUUCUUGUGUCGGCACGCCUGGCAGAAAAAAAGUUUCCACUGUCUCAAUUCCAGAUCAGGGCCCUUAGCAACAUUUAUGUUACAAUCAUGAAAGAUCACAGUAUGUGUAAUGCUGAAGCUGCACAAUCACCCACCCAAGUGAUAAGACAAAAAGAAAAUUUAUUAAAUACUCCUGUGAACAGGAAACAAUUAGAUCUGCUGUCUCUCAAACAAGCCUUCAAGAGAGACUCACCAUCAGAUACACAGAACCAGAACGCAGCAUCCAAAUUACCGGAUAUGAUUAACUGUUAUGGUGCUGUGAUUCCUCAAGUCCAUGUAACAGUACCAAUUGAUUCAUCAAGAACUGUACAUCAUCUAUCACCUCCAUCUAAGCCAGGGCAUUUGUCACUCAAAAAGACCUCAUCUUCAUCAUCGGACUCAUCAGGAUAUGAGUCAUCUAGAUCUAGUAUGGUAUGUGAGUCACCCACAUCUGAUAUUCAUUUUGAAAUUCCAGAGCAGCAUGCAACACUUACUGCUGACAACUACAAGAAUAACUGUCCCAAGAUUGAUUCAUCAAGAACUGUAUAUCUAUCACCUCCAUCUAAGCCAGGGCAUUUGCCACUCAAAAAGACCUCAUCUUCAUCAUCGGACUCAUCAGGAUAUGAGUCGUCUAGAUCUAGUAUGGUAUGUGAGACACCCACAUCUGAUAUUCAUUUUACAGAGCAGCAUGCAACACUUACUGCUGACAACUAUAAGAAUAACUGCCCCAAGAUUACCUUCAAUUGAAUAGUUGUUUCUAUUCUACGUUAUCAUUAAUUUACACUCAAUUUUCGUAUUAUUAAAUGUGUGCUGCAUGUAUAUAAUAAUAGU